GUAGAAUGAUAAUAAUUAACCAUUAACUAUGAAAUCAUUAUGUAUAUUGUGUUUACUUAUUUCAUUAGUAUUCUGUAUGAAUAAUGUAAUGGAAGAUCCUACACAACAGUUACAAGUUCAAAAGGAUCUUAGAAGACGAAGUCAACCAAAUCUUUAUCAGUGUAUGGCAUGCGUAUCCGGUGUUGUACAAGCCAAAAAUAUAAUUUUAAGUUCAUCAACAAAUGUAUCAAUCAGUGGUAUAAUUACAAAUGUUUGCAUGGGAACUGGUCCAUUUAAUACCUCAUGUGAAAUGUUUGCGAAUGGACUUUUGUCAAAUAUCUUUUAUACAAUCCAGGAAGUGAUACCAUAUGAUUUGUGUGCUACAUUCGAUUUUUGUGAUUACCCACCUGAGAUAUCUGUUUGUGAAUAUUGCCUCAAAUCUGGACUUUCAAUCAAAUCAAUAUUAUUGUCGGAAACUUUUGUAUCCGAGUUAUAUAAUAAUACAUUAAAUAUGUGUAAUACACAACGCAAUCAAUCACUCAUUGUACAUGUUUACACACCUUAAUUUGGAGAUCACGAUUACUGCUUCCUAUGUAUGUGUGGCAACACUCACAGUGGGAUGUGACGCAAUUGUUUUUGUAUCUUUUAGGUUUCUGGUGAAGCAUCGACUUGGUUUCUUCCUUGAGAAUAAUUUUUUACUGAAUAAUACGUUUUGUCAAUAACUGCUUAAGCUUUUGUUUCAGUAAAAGACUAUUUAAAUCACCUCUAAACGGCAAGGUGAUAUAGACAGGCACUUUGUUUGUGCCAAGGCUAUAAUGGGUCUCACUAUACCAUGACCUUUCCAUCAAUUUAUAAGUUUUAGAGGAUAAUCAUUUUACAUUAUUGUUUUAUUCAAUAACCUAAUGUCAUCAUUAAUAGAGUCUUUUGUGCAAAGACGAUUAAUCUUGUUAAAUAGACUCCUUGUUAUAUAGUUCUGAUCAUCUUCACCUUCUUAUUAUACCCUAUCAAAAUUGAUCAAAGGGAUUAAUUGUUUCAAAUUUCACAUCUCUCUUCUAUAUUUAAUUUGCAUUUUGUCUUUGUUUUAUAACACCUCAAUCUUUACUGUAUUUUACUUUUAUUUUUAGUGUGGUCCAUUCCUACAUGAUUUGUUCUUGGCAGUAACAUUAAGCUUCAAUAAACAAUUUCUUAUACAACGCCUUUGUCAGAAUGCUGGAUUUUGUUCAAAAGUAUAACACUUUCAAUAUGGAUGAAUAACAUUUCCUAAUGUAAUCGACUAUAUAUGAAAUAUUGAUUAUUUCUGAUUACUAAACAAAUAUACUGUCGAAAUGUAAACAACCUUUUUGAUAGUAGUAUAGUAAAUUAUUAUCAAAUUUUACUACAUCACUUAUAUUCAAGUAAUUUUAUUCUAAUUGCUUAAAUAAUUGUCUUCUAAA